CAAUUCAAUCUCGAACAUGUCAACUGCAACAAUGACCAAUAUACCCACUUCCCUUCCGGAAUCACACAAAUCUGGAAGGAAACGCAAACGUCCCUCCAAAUCACACCCUGCACCUCCACAAUCAUCCAUAUCUUCUCAACCCAAACCCCCCGUUGAGCCCUCCUCUCAAGAGCCCAGUCCUUCCAAAUCACAACCACCACCACAACCACAACCUCUAGUAGAGUCUUCAGAUGACGUCGCUCUUUCUGAAGAGUAUCAAACUACACCAUUCUCAUCCCUCAGUCUAACACCCGCCACAACUUCAGCCAUCGAACGUAUGGGUUUUACCACCAUGACGGAAGUUCAAGCCCGGACCAUUCCUCCUCUCUUAGCUGGCAAAGAUGUCCUCGGCGCGGCACGUACGGGAAGCGGCAAAACUAUGGCUUUCUUAGUCCCCAGCGUGGAACUUUUGAGUACUUUACGAUUCAAACCUGUUAAUGGAACUGGGGUCAUCAUCAUCUCCCCUACUCGAGAAUUGGCUUUACAGAUAUUUGGAGUAGCCAAGGAACUCAUGCAAGAUCAUUCACAGACGUUUGGGGUGCUCAUGGGUGGAGCCAAUAGGAAGACGGAAGCGGAUAAGUUGCAGAAAGGUGUCAAUCUGAUUGUCGCUACGCCGGGAAGAUUGUUAGAUCAUCUCCAAAAUACGAAAGGAUUUAUUUUUAAGAACUUGAAAGCUUUGGUCAUUGAUGAGGCUGAUCGUAUCCUUGAGAUAGGGUUUGAGGAGGAGAUGAAGCAGAUCAUCAAGAUUCUUCCUAAUGAAAAUCGUCAAUCCAUGCUCUUCUCAGCAACUCAAACUACCAAAGUCACCGAUUUAGCCCGCAUCUCUCUCCGACCUGGUCCAUUAUACAUCAAUGUUGAUUCAUCUAAAUCCGCCUCUACCGUGGACAUGUUGGAACAAGGUUAUGUAGUUUGUGAAUCAGAUAAACGAUUCAUGCUUCUUUUCACAUUCCUUCGACGUAAUCUGAAAAAGAAGAUUAUCGUAUUUUUCAGUAGUUGUAAUUCCGUCAAUUAUCACGCUGAACUUCUCAACUAUAUAGAUGUUCCAGUUUUAGAUCUUCACGGAAAACAAAAGCAACAAAAAAGAACAAACACAUUCUUCGAAUUCUGUAACGCUCCAUCUGGUAUUUUAUUAUGUACAGACGUCGCCGCAAGAGGUUUAGACAUACCAAAAGUAGAUUGGAUCAUUCAAUUUGAUCCACCUGACGAUCCUAGGGAUUAUAUACAUAGAGUGGGUAGGACUGCUCGGGCAGGUAAAUCUGGGAAAAGUUUGUUAUUCUUGCUUCCUAGUGAAUUAGGUUUUUUGAGGUUUUUAAAAGUCGCCAAAGUACCUUUGAACGAAUAUCAAUUUCCUCAAAAGAAGAUUUCAGAUGUUCAAAAACAACUAGAAUCUCUCAUUUCUAAAAAUCAUUACCUCAACCAAUCUGCUCGAGAUGGUUAUCGAGCUUAUCUACAAUCAUACGCUUCUUAUUCCCUCAAAAAGAUAUUCGACGUAAACGCUUUAGAUCUAGCAAAGGUAGCUAAAGCUUUCGGAUUCGCCGUCCCUCCAAAAGUCAACAUUAGCGUGGGGAGCGUAAAGAGCAAAGGUGUGAAAAGUGGGGAUGAGAGUGAAAGUGAGAGUGAGGGAGAGGGAGUUGGUAAGAAAGCUUAUUAUAGGAAAAGACGUUGAUACAUUUUUUUCAAUCUAUGAGAGUUAUUCUAUAAGAUGCAUUGUGUUAUAUGAUCU